AUGGAAAAAAAUUUACAGUAAAAUAAGGAAAUGGAAAUAGAGAUAACAGCUGAUAAUGCGAUUAGGAUAAUAGAUUCAAUUCUUUUUCCACCAGAGCCUAACGAAAUUGAGGUUUUGAUAAAGAAGUUAAAAGAUGCAGAAGCCAUAAAUGAUUCUGAAUAUAAAUAAUCUGAAGAAGGAGAAUUAGUAUAUAUUGACAUUUACGGUAAAAAUACAUUAUCAGAUGAUCAUUAUAAUAGCAUAUUAAAGGCAUUGAAUGCUUCUAAAAAAUGUUAUCACUUGACUCUAGAUUUUACAAAUUGUCAACUUGGCAAAAAAAUAUCUGAAGUCCUUUCAGUGGUUUCAAAAAUGAAAUAACUAAUAUUUUUCGAAGCUGAGUUCAAUUAGAAUAAUAUAGAUUCAGCUAUAUGCUAAGAAAUGUCUUCAAGCUUAAAGUUAAAUAGCAAUUUAUAAACACUCAAAUUAAAGCUAAAGCACAAUAAACUUAAACAGUAAGGUGUAAUUCAUCUAGCAGAUGCUAUUAGUGAGCUAAAACAGCUGCAAACUAUAGACAUUAAGCUUUAUGAAAAUUAAAUUGAAAACGGAAUGAGUUACUUGAUUGAAAAAAUGAGCCAUAUCAAAACUUUAACUGACGUCACUCUAUUCUUCAGUAAAAAUGACAUAUAAGAUACACAAGCAAUCUAAAUAGGUGCAGCUUUAGGCAAGUUGACUAGUGUUAAUAAACUCUUUAUUAAUUCAGGAUGGAACCUAAUUGGAACAGAUGGCUUGAAAUCAAUAGCAUAAGGUAUAUAAUAGAUUCCUAAUUUGUAAAAGCUAUAACUUUAUUUGAGCUCAAAUCAGAUAACAUCAUUAGGACUUUUACAUCUUUUGGAAAAUAUUAACAAAUGCAGAUUAUUAACUUAUUUGGAGAUAAAUUUAUCUGGUAAUAAGUUAACGGCUGAACAUGUUGAAUUAAAUAAAGCUUAAUUUGUUUCUGCUUUUAGGGAUUUUAAUAGUAAUUUAAAAAACUUAAAGCAAUUUAUUUUGUAUCUUAGGAAAAAUGAUUUAAAAAGUUCUUUUAAUCCAUUAUUUAGCAUCCUUAAGUAAAAUAAGUUCUUACACCAUUUGAUAUUAGAUUAUAGCUUUAAUAACCAAAUACUGUCAGACAGAAAAAAAGUAGAAUUUAUGAUGAGAAAAAUAAUAAGAUUGACCUAAGUGAUUGUACAUUUAGACCCAAUUAAUUGA